AUGGUUGGAGGUGGUGGGAUGCUGCAGUGUUUGAUUAUGAAAUCUGGUUUCGAUUCGGAUCGGUAUAUAGGGAAUGAGGUUUUCAGAAUGUAUGCUGAUUGCGGUGAGGUUGGGAUUGCGCGGAAGGUGUUUGAGGAAAUGCCUGUGAGAGAUGUGGUUUCUUGGAGUUCUUUGAUUGCCGGAUACGUUGCUUGCAACUACCCAUUGGAAGCCUUGAGGGUAUUUCGAGAGAUGAAGCUAGCUAAUGAAAACCCAAACUCGGUCACUUUGGUAAGCUUGCUUACUGCGUGUACCCGUCUACACGAUAUUAGCAUAGGGAAGUCGAUUCAUUGCUACAUUAUCGUCCAUCCCAUAGAGAUAGAUGUUGCUUUGGGAACUGCUCUGGUCGAGAUGUAUUCUAAGUGUGGGCAUGUUGAGAAAGCCUUCCAUAUGUUCAACUCAAUGAGUGAAAAGAAUUUGCAGUCUUGGACUAUUAUGAUUUGUGGUCUUGCCGAUCAUGGUCGUGGAAACGAUUCUAUCUUGUUGUUUAACCACAUGGAACAAGCUGGACUGGUACCCGACAGCAUGGCAUUUUCUGCUAUCUUGUCAGCCUGUAGCCACUUAGGCCUCCUAAGUGAGGGUCGACAAUUUUUCAAUCAGAUGGUGAGAACAUAUAAUAUUGAACCAACAAUGGAACAUUAUGGAUGCUUAGUAGAUUUGCUUGGAAGAGCUGGUCUGGUUGAAGAAGCUUAUGAAAUUAUCAAAAACAUGCCAAUGGAGCCUAAUUCAGUUAUACUACGGAGUUUCUUGGGUGCCUGUAGGAACCACAACAUAGUUUUUACUUUAGAUGAUAACUUCAGGAAAGUCCUUACAUCAGAGUCUCACCUUGGAGCAAACUAUGUACUUGCAGCUAAUGUAUCUUCUGUCUCUGGUUGUUGGGGUGAUGCUGCUGAUAUGCGAGUAUCCAUGAAACAGAAGGGUGUGAUAAAGGUUCCUGGAUGCAGUUGGGUGGACUCUGGAGGUGGGUGGUAG